AGGAUGGUUUCGUUGGAUGUUCCACUACCGACUUACGAGGAACUGGAAACCCCAGAACUAAAACUAACAGCCGUCCCCCUGCUUGCUGCCGGAAUACAUUUAGGAAAAUUCUGUGAUGAACAGAGCAAGGAGUUCAUGCUCUGUCGAUACGAGACCCACGAUCCUCGUGCCUGUCUGAAAGAAGGAAAAGCUGUCACAGCGUGUGCACAAAAUUUUUUUCGGAAGGUUAAAAAGCAUUGCGCCGAGGAGUUUACUUCUUAUUUUACAUGCCUUCAUAAAUAUGGUGGCCCAACUUAUCAACUAGACAAGUGCGUUGAAUUUCAUUAUAUUCACUCGUGGAGUCAGUUAAUCGAUGAUUUUAGUGUCUUUUUCUUUGAGACAAUGUACUCAGUGAUAGAUUACCGGUCAACUUGA